AUGGCUUCACUAGAAGAGGAUGAGGACCGCGACCUGGCGGGUUCGCAGGAUGGAAGUUCCGAUAACGAGAUCGACGAUGCUAUGCGAGAUGUGGACGAUAACGAAGGAGACAACAACGACGACAACGACAACGAUAAUGAGCAGGACGUGGACGCCGACGCCGAUCAGGACCAAGAUCAAGACGAAGAUCCGGGCAGCCCCUCGAAUGCAAGUCAGGCCUCAGAUGGUGCUGGGAUUUCUUCGCAGCAAAACCCUGACACCACGACCAUCGCGGAGCCAGGAACUGGCGAUACCUCCAUGCUAGAAUCCUUCUCCAUUUAUCACCCUAGCGUGCGCUCGGAAUGCCUGACGGCCAAGACCUACGAUAUUGUUCCUACGACCGCCGCGCCCCACAGCACAUCGAUCAAUGCGGUGACAGCCACAGCAGAUAUGCGAUGGGUAUUCAGUGGAGGAUCUGAUGGGUUUGUCAGGAAAUUUAACUGGGCCGAGUCGAUCAACAGCAAGCUCAUGCUGACCGUUGCGCAAAGGCAUCCCUUUGUCGAUAGCGUGGUCAAGGCCGGCGUGCUGAUGACAUACUGGGAGAAUAUGGAUGGCAACAGUCUGUCGCCAGUCUACUCUUUGGCCUGCCAGAGCGAGGGCUUAUGGUUACUUUCUGGCCUGGAGUCUGGGGCCAUUCGACUGCAGACACUGCGACAUGAUGAGGGCAAAGAAAUUGUUUCGCUAGGCCAGCACACAUCCGCGGUGUCUUCCCUCAAUCUCACAUCCGAUGAGCAAUCUUUGCUCUCGGGAAGCUGGGACAAGCGAGUUUUUGACUGGGACCUCAACACCGGACAGGUCCGCCAUGCCUUUGGAGGGAGCGCACGCCAGAUCUCUGCAGUGCAGAUUCGACCAGAGUCGAGUUUGCCAGUCCCGCAGGACACGAUCGAUCCGUCGCUGCCAAGCGGUACUUACGCGUCGAAUUACCAGGCAAGCGGCUUAGACAAGUUCAACUCCAUGGACGCAUCUCAUGAUUCUGGAGAUCAGGGAGCCGAGAACCCGCAGGCGGGCUCGCCGGCUGACUCUCUUUUCGGCGGGGCUGACUCCUUGUUCGGCGAUGCAGAUGGCGGGGCGGUAGAUGGAGGAGAACCCUCCGGAGGUGUAUUUGGCGUAGACGAGGAUGAUGAGUUCGGCCGCGCAAUGGCCCAUGGUGUUCUUGCAGAUGCAGACGCCCCUGGAGAAAUUGACACUGAGAUGCCACAGUCCGACUCUGUGCCUCAAACGAAUUCUGUCGCCGGAGAGACCGCAGACGCCAAUGCGCAUGACUCGCAGGCGAACAACGAAUUUCGGAAGACGGAGAUUACUACAGAGCCAGCACAACCUGCUGCUGGUGGGCUACCCAAGGCCGAGGAACUGGAGACGUCUAUGGAGCACGACAUAUCGCAGGGCAUGCAAUCAGAGCAGACAUCUGGGACCGACACAACCUUCCUCGCGGCCUCCAUCGACGGGACCAUCCGUGUAUGGGACCGGAGGCAACCCGAUCCCGUGGCUCGGAUCAGCCCUCGUAAUGUCCCCCCUUGGUGCAUGAACGCAUGCUGGUCUCCUGAUGGAAACUUCAUUUACGCCGGACGGCGAAAUGGCACGGUCGAGGAAUUCAGUCUGCAUAAGGGUCUUCGAGAGGCUGAACGUACAUUCAAAUUCCCUCAAGGAAGUGGCCCUGUGACAGCUCUGAAGGCUAUGCCCAACGGCCGUCACCUUGUCUGUGCCUCCCAUGAUAUUCUUCGCCUGUAUGAUCUUAACCAGGAGCAAACAUCUCGCCAUUCCACUGUGCCUUUCCUCAUCAUUCCGGGCCAUCGCACAGGAACAAUCUCACAACUCUAUAUAGAUAAUGCGUGCCGCUUCAUGAUCUCUACUAGUGGUAAUCGUGGCUGGGAAGGAAACACUACAGAGGUUUUACUGGGCUAUGAGAUCGGUGUUCCUCAGUAG